UAGGUGGUGCGGGGCCUAGGCCGCGGCGGGUCGGCGCCGCCAUGGCCGCCUCGGCCUCGGGCGUGGCGGCAGCGGCGGCGUUGGGGCCGGCGGAGGGCCCGUGCGUGCUGUGCUGCGGGGAGCUGGAGGUGGUUGCGCUGGGCCGCUGCGAUCACCCCAUCUGCUACCGCUGCUCGGUGCGGAUGCGGGCGCUGUGCGGAGUGCGGUACUGCGCCGUGUGCCGGGAGGAGCUGGGCCAGGUCGUCUUCGGGCGGAAGCUCACGUCUUUCUCGACGAUAGCACUAAACAAGUUGCAGCAUGAGAAGAAGUAUGACAUUUAUUUUAUGGAUGGAGAAGUUUAUGGGCUGUACAGGAAGCUGCUGCAGCAUGAAUGCUUUUUAUGUCCAGAUUUGAAGCCGUUCAAUACCUUUGCGGAUCUGGAACAGCACAUGAGAAAGCAGCAUGAACUCUUCUGUUGCAAACUCUGUGUUAAACACUUAAAGAUUUUUACAUAUGAAAGGAAGUGGUACACUCGUAAGGACCUUGCUCGCCAUCGAAUCCAUGGAGAUCCAGAUGACACCUCUCAUCGUGGGCACCCCCUGUGUAAAUUCUGUGACGAGCGUUAUUUGGAUAACGAUGAGCUGCUGAAACAUCUGAGAAGAGAUCACUAUUUUUGUCACUUCUGUGACUCUGAUGGUGCCCAGGAGUACUACAGCGAUUACGAAUACCUUCGUGAACACUUCCGUGAGAAGCAUUUCCUUUGUGAAGAGGGACGGUGCAGUACAGAGCAGUUUACCCACGCUUUCCGCACUGAAAUAGAUUACAAAGCACACAAAACAGCCUGCCACAGCAAGAACAGGGCUGAGGCCAGGCAGAACCGGCAGAUAGAUCUGCAGUUUAAUUACGCUCCUCGGCACCAGAGGAGAAACGAGGGUGUUAUAGGUGGAGAGGACUAUGAAGAAGUUGACAGGUUCAACAGGCAAGGAAGGUCGGGCAGAUUGGGUGGCCGAGGAAGUCAGCAGAACAGAAGAGGCAGCUGGAGAUACAAGAGAUCUCUGUGUGGCCAGACUGAGUGCUUUGGAGAAAGAAGAGGGGAAGAAGAAGACAGAGAUGUUGCAGCAGCAGUCAGGGCAUCUGUAGCUGCUAAACGACAAGAAGAGAAGAAACGGGGAGAAGACAAAGAGGACAGCAGCAGUAGAGGUAAAAAGGAGGACUUGAGGGAUUCGGAGGUACCCAGCUCCAAACGUGUGCCAAAGUCUUCAAGUGAAGCUGCAGAAGCAGCUGCUAAUGGUGCUUUAAGCCAAGAUGACUUUCCAGCAAUUGGUUCUGCAGUAGGACCUCUACAAGGCUCUGCUCAGCUAGCAGCAGUUAAGCUUAAAGAAGAUUUCCCAAGCUUGUCAUCCUCCGCAGCACCCACUGUCUCUUCUGGGAUGUCUUUGACGUACACAGCGACUGCAAAGAAAACAGCUUUUCAAGAGGAGGAUUUUCCAGCUCUGGUGUCCAAAAUGAGGCCUAACAAUAAAACAGUAACUAACAUCACAUCUGCGUGGAACAGUGGUUCCAGUAAAAAUGUGGUCAAAGCCAUUAGCAACCCUUGCGUAAAUCAGAUAGCCAAAAAAUCAUACUCCUUGAAUAGCACUAAAGGAAAUAAGAAGAGCAAUAAACUCUCUCAGUCAGAUGAUGAAGACGGCAGUAGUGGCUUGACAACCCAGGAGAUAAGGAACACACCGACAAUGUUUGAUGUAUCGUCCUUGCUGGCAGCUUCUACCUCACAGACUUUCACAAAAGUGAGCAAGAAAAAGAGGAUGGGGGUUGAGAAGCAGAGACCAUCAUCCCCACACCUGUUACAGGAGACCUCAUUGCCCAGGUCUUGUAUUGAAAAGCUGCCAGAAGCAGAGCGGACAUCAAACGCUGCUUCUGCUCUUCAUGCCUCUGACAGAUCUGCAGCUGUCGUGAAUGGUCAUUCAGAAAAAUCAUUAGCACUCUGUAGUACACCCAAAGAGCCCCCUGGCCUUAAAAAGCCCACAGUGACGAACCAGUGCCCUUUACCUCAGGAAGAUUUCCCAGCUCUUGGGAGCUCAGGAUCAGCUCGAAUGCCACCGCCACCGGGCUUUAACACUGUGGUGCUAUUAAAGAGUCCUCCUCCGCCUCCAGGACUGUCAGUGCCUGUUAGUAAACCCCCACCAGGUUUUGCUGUUAUUCCAUCCACCAGUAUCUCUGAACCUGUCACUACAUCUUUGAAAGAGCCAAAAUCCAGCCAAGGGACAUACUUGAUACCUGAAAACUUUCAGCAAAGGAACAUUCAGCUAAUACAGUCCAUUAAAGAAUUCCUCCAAAGUGAUGAGUCCAAGUUCAAUAAAUUUAAAACUCAUUCUGGGCAAUUCAGACAGGGUCUGAUUUCUGCAGCAGAGUAUUACAAAAGUUGCCGAGAACUGCUUGGAGAUAAUUUCAGGAAAAUUUUUAACGAGUUGCUGGUGUUGUUGCCAGACACAGUUAAGCAACAAGAACUGCUUUCUGCUCACAAUGAUUUCAAAAUCAAGGAAAAGCAAAGUUCAAACAAAUCCAAAAAGAACAAGAAGAAUGUUUGGCAAACGGACUCCAACUCUGAUCUCGACUGCUGCAUCUGCCCAACAUGUAAGCAAGUGCUAACGCAGCAGGACAUUGUCACUCAUAAAGCUUUGCAUAUUGAGGAUGAGGAGUUCCCUUCCUUACAAGCAAUCAGUAGAAUCAUCAGUUAGCUCUUAUGAAGACCAAUAAAACAGUUUCUAUCUAUGAAUAUGCACUUUUUGGAAUGAGGUUUGACAGCGUAGUGUGGCUGAGAGCUGGUGCCAGUUGAGUACUGAUACACAGGGAACUGUUAGAGAGCCCUCAGUGCUGUUCAUAAAUACUGUGCAAAGGGAUCACUGGACUGCGCCGUAGCUAAUUAACAUCCAAAGUCUGAGCUUCCAAAAUGCCUGAGUAGAGUUAGGCCAAAAUUGCAGGGUGGGCAGGCAGGGGGCCACCUUUCUCCUGUAACAUGCAAUAGCUGAGAAAAUACUUUCUGAUCUGAAGUCUGACUGGGGACACAAUAGGGGAAUAUGCAUCUGGCUGGGGGGGUUUCUUUCUUUAGGGAAGGGUGGGAGCAGAGGGGGGAGAUAUUGAAUCACUGAAGUGAAUAGAAGCAGAAGUGAGUUCCCUUACAUUCUGAUUUUUGUGCUGUUUCUGUGACCGCAGAAAUGGAAGCAGUCAGGGGUGCAGAGAUGCAGAACUGCUCCUACUCACUGGUGAAUAGGGCCGUUCCAGUUGUGUGUCUGUAAACGUUGGGCUGCUCGUAUAGCUAAGAAUAUUCCUGUCUGAAAACUGAAUUAAUUCUACUACUUGAAGAAUUGGACUGAUCUGUGUGAUGAGUUGAGCCUGAGGUUUGAAGUUGCCUCUGACCUUUUAUGUAACAUGUUCUUUAAAGAAACUUUUGUAGCACUGCAUGUAGAACGAUGAUGUUCAGGCUUUACUUUCCGUAAAGCACACUUCACGGUGAUUUUAUUUAAUGAUUGCCACGUUUCUAUUUCUUGGAUGUAUUAAUGGUGGUAGCUCCAACCCACGGCAUAUUGGGAUAUUAAAUGCUGCUGAUCACUGACCAUGUUUAUCUGCAGUGCCUUCAAGUGCAUUUAUCUGUUUACAGUGGUCUGCACUAACGAGGAUAAUUUGUUCAGGCUAUGGAGUGUUUACAUCCUGUAUCUCCCUUGGUGAUGUUGGUCUGCAGUAGCUUUGCUCACAUUGCUUGCCAUCUGUAACUUCCACCUCUAGGAAAACAGGAGCUGAAUCUGUUCAUCAUUUGAAAUAACUUCUCCAGCAGCAGCUAUGACGUGACGGAGUGACACGUGCUCCCUGUAGUGCACUUCCAUGGCUAUAAUGAAGCAUCUGAUUCUUGCCCAUCUUUGCAGACCAGGUUUAGUUAUUUUUAACAUGUUGAGAUUAAUUUAUGUAAUUUUUAAGUGACAAAACACUGCUUUUAUAUAAGCGUUUCUAUGAAAUUGAGCUCAGUCUAUUACUGAAGAGCUAGUCCUGGCUACAGCAUUUCUUCCUUGCCUUAUACUUGUUAAUUUUGCUUGCUGUCAGGCUGCAAAGUGCUUUCGGUUUCUUUUUCCAAAUAAUUCAGACUGUUUUGAAUUCCUGGAUGUGUUGUAUUCAGCACAGGGGCCAGACUGCAUGCCCUGAAAGAGGGAGGGAGGAGCAUUAGGCUGCACGGCUGUUGAUAGCAUGCAUGAAUACGUGGCGACCCGUAACGCUGCCGUGUUCCUGGUGCAAGGCGCUGCCUCUCGAGCAGAGCCAGGUGCCACCACACGCCGGUGCUCCAGCUUGGAUGCCAGCUGCCCAAGUCAGCAACAGAUCUGCAUCCUCAGUUCUUUCCCCUGACUGCCCCUUGGGUUUGAAAAGCUCAGAGGAAGCAAAGCACGUAUCUUCUGCAGGAGUUUCUGACGUCUUCCCUCUAUUUUUCAGUUUAUUUUCUUCUGUGUUAGCAAAUACGUAAGUUCCCAGCCGGCAGGUUGAGAACUCACGGUGCUGCUCUCAGUUUCCUCGAGGUGCUCGGUUCUCCUUGGCCUGACGAUGCAGUUUCCUUGCUCCCUGUGCUC